AUGGGCAUCUCCGUGGCCGACCCCGCGACGCUGGUGAAGCUGGGCUCCCUGAGCUCCAGCUCCUACGACUCCUCGAAGAUGUGGAUGGCCCUCUUGGUGCUCGUGGUCACGGCGACCCUGUUGUCGGCCAAGAUCCCAGGCGCUCCUUUGAUUGGCAUCGUCUUGGGAACUGUCGUCUGCUGGAUCGAGGGCUGGGUGAAUGGUGUGGAGGGCUCCGUCUUCGGCUACCCUUUCGGGACCGAAGGCGAUCGGUCCGCCAAGGACUUCCACAUCUUUGUGCCUCACGGCGUAGUCGCCAGCCCUCAUCUUUCUGGCCUGACCGGUGCACUUUUCGAAGGUUUCGACUGGGCUUUCCACCCGGAGACCAGCGGCACGUUUUGGACGGCUGUGGCUACCUUCUGCUACACAGAUUUGCUCGACUCCUCCGGCACUUUCUUCGCAGUGGCGAAGGUCGCUGGGCUCACGGACGCCCGUGGCAACCUGCCCCUGGCGCGCCAGAACAUGGCAUACUUGGCCGACGCACUCUCGAUGAUGAUCGGCUCUGUUCUGGGCGUUUCCACCGUGAGCACCUUCGCCGAGUCUACCGCCGGAGUUGCAGAUGGUGCCAAGACCGGCUUGGCUUCGCUGGUGACGGGCAGCUGUUUCUUGCUGGCCAUCCCUUUCUCACCGAUCGUCUCGGCUGUUCCCCCGCUGGCCUCUGGCCCCAUCCUUUGCCUCCUGGGCGCGAUGAUGUGCAGCUCUGUGAAGGGCGUGGACUGGGAUGACUUCCAGGAAGCCUUGCCAGCUUUCGUGGCCAUGAUCACCAUGCCCUUCACCUUCAGCAUCGGCUACGGCAUUAUUGCCGGCUUGGCCUUGUGGAUCGCCAUUCAGCUCUUGCUUGCUCCGUUGAGGAUCUUCCGUGGGGAGAGCCCCUUGGUGCGGUGCAAGAUGCUUUGGGCCGGUGCCUUCAUCGAGGGAAAUGAUGAGGAGCAGGAUGGCGAUGGCAAGAAGACGCCCAGCACCAUCACCCCUGAGCAGUCGGAGGGCCAGUUCGUGAGCGAGAGAUGGAUCCAGGUCUUCUGCCCGAGACCCGAGGGCUCCGUUGGCCUGUCCCUGGAGCUGGAGCGCUUUCGCCAGGCGUUCCGGGAGGAAGCUGGCACCUGCCUGGAAACGCUGCGGGAGGCCAUGCGCACGGCGGGCAUUGCGCAGCUGCAUCACCAGUUCGCUGAGCAGCACAAGAACGACACAGCAGACAUCCAGAAGCUAAGAGAGCAUGUUGAGGAGCUGUUUCGUUUGAAUGCGCGACUCCGGCAGCAGACUUUGGAUCAGCUGGGCAAAGACGAGAUGGAGAGGUGCCGUGACUACAUGACCGACACCUGCGAUGCCAUGAAAAGGAUGCUGGACAGCCAGCUGAAAGACCAGCAGCUCCGGGUUGCCAGCGCCGCCGAGUUGGCGGCGGACCGUGCGGCGCUCUCGUGCACGCGAAUGGUCCAAGCUGAAUGGCCCACUCUCAAGGAGAUGUGGAGGAUGUGGCGGCAGGAGGACCAGGAGCGUUGGACAUCGCUGAGCUCGCAGAUCGCAGAGUUGCAGAAUCAGCUGCAGCAGACUUCGAAGGAACUGCACUCCGCAUCAGAGCAGCACAGAUCCGAUCUGUCCACGCAGCUUGCAGAUGUGGAGGCCCGGGUCAUCGCGCAGAUGACGGCUUCCAUGAAGGAGGAGCUCACAGCGGCCAACGCAUCGCUCUUGGGUGACUUUCCGGGUCAUCUGCGCGGCCUCCAGGCCGAAGUCCAGACGCUCCCUGAACGCCUGGCUGCCGCCGUGGCGGCAGACGCGCCGGCGCCCGGUGCACCGGCCGAGGUCGUGGAGGCGCUUGUGGCGCAGCAGCUGGGGGGGCUCCACAAGACUCUGGAAGACGAGGUGGUUCCUUGCCUCCAUGGCUGUUCCUUGCAGAAUCUCUCUGACAAGCUGGAGGACGCGCUGCAGGUGGAGGAGAUGAGACGCGAGGUUCUGAGGUCAAGCCAGGAAGCAGAGGUGGCCAAGAUCCAUUCCCGAAAUUUCGAAGUCGAAAUGUCGGACCUCCGCCUGGAGUUGGGUCGACUGAAGGCGUCGAUGCACGACACUUCGCGCCUGAAGGAGGAGGCGGAGAGGAUUCAGCGUGAGCUCUUACAGAAGGUCCGUGAGAUUGAGGGCCGUGGUAACCUCCAGAUCGAUUUGCAGCGCGGAUGUGCCGAGGUGACGAAGGGGUUUGACUUCAAGUCGAAGAAGUCCGACGACUCGGAUAUCAGGUUUGCCGAUGCCGCUGCAGGAGCACAAUCCAUGGCGGAUUUGAUGCAGUUGCAAGAGCUCUUGAACGUGCCAAUGGUUGUGGAAGGCCACAUAAACGGCCGAGACGGCGCACGACUGCAGGUUCUGACUGACUGUCGUGCCAAACUUGUCCGAAGCGAGCUGAUCAAGAAGGGCAUGCAGCCGGAAUGUGUGGCUGCCAAAGGUUUGCCCGGCAGCAAGGGCGUGAACCGUCCAUGCGUCUUGGUGCGCUUCGACUUGGGCCAGAAUCGGAGGUGA